UCUGCACAAUUUUGUUCAUUGUUUUGUGGCACGUUGGGAGUGGGUUGGAAGGGUUACGCCGCUACAUAGUAACUCGACAUCGAGGGCGCCAGGAACAACUGUGGAUCCGUGCCACCUGAAUUCCAGCGGCAACUGCCAUCCUGCCCUUUCAGGCAAGAGCGUGCAGCCUAAGACUAUGGAAUGAUGGAACAUGGAGACAGCACGAAUGCCCGUUCUGCUCUCGUUUGACGGUAGCAACACCAGCAAAGUGCGUCUACUUGCCUCGAAAACAAUCCUGCAACAGGAGUGGCGUGGCGCCGCUGAACGCAGAGAUAUCUCUCUCUUUCUGGCUUGCUUUCAUUUCUCGGCAUUCUUGUCCAUUGCCCCAAAGCAGAGGACAGGAAUGAAGCGAAGUAGGAGCAACCCCGUGAAUUCUUCGCACGCGCGGGACUCGGGCUGCAAUCAAACGACUGCUACGUCGUGCAACAACUGCGGGCGACAUUCGAUGAUUGCAAGCCAUUGGGUUCACCAGGAGUCUUGGCGGAGCCCUGCACUCCAUCGCUCGCUUCUUCUGCAGAUAAGAGAGAGGGCCGAUGCGGAGGGUGCAGCUAGCAGCGUGUAUUGCAGAGUUGCAUAACAGGGAGCCUGGAACAUGAGCGUCUGAGGGGUCUAGAGAUUCAAGUGAUUGUUGUGUGCGCUCCUUCCAAGCCCCCCCCCUUCCAACUUCUGUUCAUGCACUUCCUCACAACCUCACUCCAAUACUCCUAUCCCGUUGGCUUUGACCUUGGAAUCCAUUUUACAUCUCCUCAUCUCUUUCUCAUCUCACACACCGUUCGCUUCUCCUUGUCCCCCCUCCAUAGUGCAUCAGCUC